CUUAUCUCCUUCACGGCUUUCACUCGUUGCCGUUUGUCUGACUGCUACUGCAACCUCGUCGUCCUCUUCCUCUUCUUCCUCCCCGCCGGGAAUCCCGCAGCCGCGGCCACCGCGCCAUGAGAGCCGCCGCCGUCCCGGCCCACGGCCUCGCCUGCGCGCCGCCCGCCGCGCUGGUCCCCUGGUCGCCGCGGCGCGCUGCCGGCCUUUCCCACCGGAGUAGUCCCCACCAGCUGCUACCGCCCCGCUCCCUCCCCCACUGCCGGGCUCGCCCGCCGCCCUCUUCCUCCUCCUCCUCCUCCUCGUCGAAUGUGAAUUCUGGGAGAGGGGACGACGCGGACAACCUGCUCGAGGAUUUGCUCAACAAGCAUGGCGACGUGGUGUACAGCGCCAGUGGGGCUCCGGGCAUUGAGGCCGACGACGACGCCGAGUGCUUGUCCUUUGCUGUCUCCUUGGCUAAAGUUGCAAGUGAGGUGAAGGCGGCUGAUAUUCGUGUACUUUUUGUGAAGCCUCUUGUCUACUGGACUAGGUUCUUCAUCAUCCUCACUGCCUUCUCAAAUGCACAGAUUGAUGCCAUCAGUUCCAAGAUGAGAGAUAUCGGUGAGAAGCAGUUUAGCAUAGUUGCAUCUGGUGAUACAAAACCAAACUCAUGGACCUUGUUGGACUUCGGUGAUGUUGUUGUCCAUAUAUUUCUUCCGCAACAGCGAGCAUUCUACAACUUGGAAGAGUUCUAUGGCAACGCAACCACCAUUGAACUCCCGUUUGAGAGCCAGCUGCAGUGACCGCUGUUUGCACAUCUUCCGUUGGAGAAAUUGCAGUCAGGCCAACAAAGGUUUCCACAGAGGCCAGCAACAUUGCGCCAUGGAUUCUCCAUGUCUUCCUUCUCAGAUUGUGAUGAGCUGCCGCCCGGAGGUAGAUGGCAAGGUCUCAGCUCACCAAUGUCACCUGGUGACUGCACUCGUCAAGUGCAGAAGUGGCACCGUGAUGCCCACAUUCUCGUUAUCUGUUUGUUAGAUUACGUGAACCGUUGUAUUAACAAUCGCAUUAGGGGAAAGUAAUUGUUGGUGCCAAGAGGAAUAGAGGCCAAGAUGUAAAAGAUUGUGUUGGUUCGGAUUUCAGGAGUAAAGACGCAGUGUGCGAGAUCAA